AUGGUGAUAGUGAUGAUGAUGGGGAUGAUGAUGGCGCUGGUGAUAGUGAUGGUGAUGAUGAUAGUGAUGGUGAACCUGUACUCGGACCAGCCCCAGCCCAGCCACAGCAUGCACACAGGGACAGCGCCCCAGGGGACCAAGGUUUUGUCCUUCAGCAUCCCACAGCCCCACUCUGUGCUGCGGUGGUCGGGCCCUGCCGAAGCCCCACAGACCUCUGGGACCUCAGGGUGGCCGUCAGCUCAAGGAGACCUGAACCCCUCCUCGUCUGCCCCAGCGUGGCUUCUGGAGAACCCAGGCAUCACCCAGGACCAGCCAUCAGCAGAGCGGACCCAGGAGUUGGCCGCUCAGGCCAGCCGGUUCAUGGCCAAGGUAGAGGCCUUUGCAGGACUGAUGCAGGCGGGACGGCUGACAGCCCAGGACCAACUCAAGGUCUUCCAGCGCCUAAAGGCUGUCCAUACAGCCCUGGAGGAGGAGUACCUGAAGGCCUGCAGGGAGCAGCAACCGGCCCAGCAGCUUGCCGGCUCCCAGGGGACACCUGGAAAAUUCGAUCCUGGCAGGGAGCUAGAGGAGAAGAUAUUCCAGCUGGGAAUUCGCCUGGAAGAGCUGAAGGACCACAUGGACCAGAACCAGCAGGAGCCUAAGCAAGUCGGGUCAGACUGCACUCCGGCCAGCCUCCCAGCCUCGCCCUCCCCGCACCAGCCGGCGUGCCUGCCUUCUCCUUCAGGACAAGCCUCCACCCCCGCCAUCCAGACCCUCUGCCCUCAGCCUGAUGCCACCAGCAGCAUGGGCCCCUGUGCAUCGCUCGUGAACGUGGAGCUUAGCGCUGCCAGCAAUGAGGGGGAGGACAGGCCCCUGGGCCUCCCAGCCCCACUCAGGCACAAGGACCUGCAGGUGGAGCAGGAUCUCCAUGGCCUCCUGGAGCGGUACCUCAGCGUGAAGUCCCUCCCGGAAGCCGUGAAGAUGGAAGAGGAGGAGGAAGACGGGCAAGGCCAUGUAGUGGAAGUGGACGGGCCAGCUCCAGCUCCAGGAAACUCCGAGGCCACCAGGAUCCCCAUAAGGCAGCUCCCAGCACUGGCCAAAAGAAGUCACAGGGCCCCCCUCAAGGAGACUGUGGAGCAGAUGGGGUCUGUAAAGCCAGCAGGCGUCCAUGCAUCCGCGGCCAGAGAUGGGUACCUCCAGGGCCUGCACAAAGCCAAGGCAGCCCCUCCAGGCCCGAGCAGGCCACCCCACCCUCGAGGCACCAGGACUGCGGGAUCGCACCAGAGCAGUCUGACCAGCUUAGAGGGAAGUGGCAUCUCUGAGCACCUUCCCCAGAAGUCUCUGCACCAAGCUGGGGGGUCCCACCUAGAGGAGCCCUGGAUGGCGUCCCCGGAGACAGACAGUGGCUUUGUGGGCUCAGAAACCAGCAGAGUGUCGCCCCUCACCCAAACCCCAGAGCACCGGCUCUCCCACAUCAGCACUACAGGAACAUUGGCUCAGCCAUUCACUUCAUCUGAGGCCCAGGAUGCAACCUCCCACCCCCAGACCAGGGGUCCUCCAGUCCCCAGAAGAGCCUCGGAGCCCAGCACACCCAGGAGCCGAGCCCAGAGGCGACCCUCGGGCAGGGCCAGUCCCUUGCAGCAGAGGGCACUGAGCCUCCGCGAGGAGCGGGCGCUGGUGGCCGAGAUGGCGGUCCCUGGCCCAGAGUUCGAGGGGCGAAAGCGGCUUUCCGAACAGCUCCCCCCCAGAGCGACAAUCAGCCCCCCGCCCACCCUGACCCCCGCAGCUGCCACUCUGCCCCAUGGAGCAGCAGAGAGCACUGGUACCUUCCUCCUCACCAGGACAGGGCGAGACCAGGCCAUCCGAGAGCUGCAAGAGGAAGUGUCUCGGCUCCGUCUGCAGCUGGAAGACAGCCUGCACCAGCCAGCCCAGGGCAGCCCGACGCGCCCGGCGACCACCCUCAACCGCCCCCCCCGGACCCGGGCACGGCCAGCGGAUGCCUCCACUUCCUGGGGCUCCCACUAUGGCAGUAAAUCCACAGAGAGAUUGUCUGGUGAGCCUGGAGGUGGGGAGCGAGUGGAGCCCGCAGAAAGGCGGCGUGCCAGGUCUUCCUCAGUGCCUCGGGCGGUGCCCCAACUGUCCCUGAGUUCUGAAUCUGAGCCACCCUCCCCCCAGUGGUUCUCUGAGAAGAGCCGGACCACCGAGGACAGUGCACAGUCAGCUCGGGAAGGAACGAGAGGAGUCGGCGGCCCCAGGCGGCCAGACAGGGUCACCUUCUGGGGCCAGUACACAGGCCAGGAGUACCGUGUUCUGACCCCCAAGACGGCCCCAAGAGGCAGCGGCUCAGUCUCCUGUCCGCACUGCCGACCUGCCGGGACCCAGGACUCGG